AUGUACGAGAGGGUGGUGGCUAAGGGCAUGACGGGAGACCAUGCCGUCAAAAAGAAUGUACUAGCAGCGAAGAUUGAGGGACCCGGCGCUGGGAUAUGGCAUGACACGGACUGCUACUACUCACAUGGCAUCAAAGGUCGCUACUAUCCUCGUGGGGAGCACUGGAAGGCGCACAACGAUGAGUGCUCAGACUGCCAGUGUCUCGACGGCCGCCAGUACACGUGUGCGCGCACUCCAUGCAGUGCCCUCUUCCUGUGCCCCGCCGGCAAGGUCCCCGUCGCCGCUCUCGGCGACUGCUGCCCCUCCACCUGCGAGGAUGCUGCACUAGUGGCGCAUGCUCCCACAAUCGGUACCAUAACCAAGGUUGCCAUCGCUCAUGCUAGCCACGGCGAUCCGAAUCGUAAAGUUUGGUGCCUACUGCUUUUAUGUCCCCUGAAGCGGCACAAGCCUUCAGCAGCUGACUCCACUAUCGUUGAGGUUGACUUGUUCAACUUGAAGGAGAAAAUCCGUCGAUCUCUAAUCAAUCCAAAUGAGGACUUCGACCAAUCACUGCACGAGCUGGAACAGGCGCCCAUAGAAACAGCCCCAGAAGGAGGAAGGAGUGCGUCUGAAUGGCCACAGACCCUCGCCAAUAGCACAAAGUGCAAGCCUCUGGGUGACCUGACUGCCACCGCCGACACCGCCUCCAAUAUCCUCUUGCCCACCAAGAGCCUCGUAAUCAUCCGUCGCGCUUGCGUUAGUCUUAAGUGCGUCUGCUCUUCCGAAGGAAACUGGGUUUGCGCAGACUACUGCAUUCCCUGUCAAGGUGUGUCCACUCAAGGCACCAGCGCUGACACCGACGCCCCUGACAUAUUCCACCCCGUCCGACCUCGCACCGCCGAUGGCUGCUGCCCCAAAUGCACCGAUUCUGAUGAUAAGGAAGAAUCACCCGACUUCGGUAACCGAUACCCCGUCGCCAUCACCUGUUUUCUGGCCCCACUUGCACUGACUCCCUUCUUUGUGCUAAUAUCCUGCUGCAUCUGCUUGCGGUACCGUCAGAAACUAAAGAAAUUGCGUGCAACCGAGCUCAAUCAAACCAAAUUCCAUCUGGAGGGCGGACCGACCACACAUUCAGCACAAUCCAGCCUCGCUGUGCCGCUGACAAUCUCCACCAAUGCUGAGGGUGCCUCACCACCAAUUCGGUCUGACAAAGUGCCUGCAGUGUUUGGAGGAAGAGACAGUAUCCACCAAUCGCUGCUUUUCAGCGCAAAGCUCGACGAAGCCCCACUCGCCCCCAUCAAGUUCUGGCGUCUCAGUGCCUCCUAUUCGUGCCUUCCUGAAGUCCAUCACAUCCACACCGACUCCAACAAUCCUAAUUUUGAAGAUAGCACCCUACAGAAGUCCCUUCUCACCGCCACAACCUCCAGCAGUGAUGGCACACCAUCCAAAAGCCCCCAGAAGACCAUCGUAACUCAUCCUCCCAUAGGUGAAACUUGCAACAGCAGUCCCAUGUCCUCUUCCUCGCCACAAUUGACUAAAGCCGAAUUCAUGAUAACUGAAAGCAGCCUGGACUGGAGAAGUUGCCUGAGAAGGAGCUCCACCCAACCCAAAACCCACUUCUUCCCACAUGCGUGGAAAAAAGUACUCUCAAAAUCAGUCACAAGAGCAGCAACAGCUCCACCGUUGCCUGGGGAGCACGAGGUGAUGCCAUACUUUAGUGUACCACAAACGCACCCGUUAAAAACUACGUCGAGUGAUGUAGAAGCUGCGCAUCAAAUCAUCCACACUCACAACUCCGCAUCGACCGACCUCGCUGGCAUCUCUGAAGCAGUGUAA